UGUUGUAUUAAAAGAAUUUUAAUUUAUUUUCAGGUACAUUCCUGUGAAACUAGCUUACAAAACCAUCGAGCCUGUCAGUGGUGCCGGAGAUAAAUCGCCGAUUAUUUUCUUACAUGGCGUUGUAACUUCCAAAGAAUAUUGGAGUAAUAUCCCUCAAACCGUUGCCAACGCUUCGAAACGGACGGUGUACCUGCUGGAUGCGAGAAAUCACGGUGACAGUGAGUGGUCGGAUGAAUUCAACUUCGAUAUAAAUUCUGACGAUUUGGUUCACUUCAUGGAUACAAUGAACAUUUCCAAAGCUGUUUUAUUGGGACACAAUAUGGGUGGAGUAACAGCAAUUAGGACAGCGCUUAAAAAGAAAGAGAGAGUUGAGAUGCUCAUAGCAGAAGAUACAUUAGUGAGGAAAUUUCCCCAACCUGUCUUGGAUAUGAUAAUCACGCAAUUAACAAUGGCACAACAAGCUGACGAGCAAAUGCCGUCAGAUGUAAGUGAAGAUGACGCCAAAAAAUUCAUCUUUGAAUUCAUUUACAGUCAUAUACCUGACGAAGUUAAAGCUGUAAUGAAAGAGCGUGACAUAGACGAGCAAAGACGCCUUGUUUCAUUGAGACGCAACCCGGAUGGUCGUUAUGGUUUCAGAUCCAAUCUCAAGGUUAUACUGAACGCACUGAAAAAUACAGAGACAUUAAUGACGGAGCCAACUGGCGUCUAUGAAGGACCAGCCUGCUUCAUUUAUGGAGAACAUUCCCCAUUUUCUGUUAAAAAGGAUGAACAAGAGAUAAGGCAAUUUUUCCCAAAGGCCGCAUUUGAAGCAAUCAAAGAUGCAUCUCAUGCAGUGCAUAUAGACUGCCCUCGUGAAUUCACAGAUGCAGUUUUGAAAUUCCUAUCAAGAGCGUGAAGUCGAAGUAUUUGUUGUGUAAAGGCCAGCAUUACCUUCUUUUUGUUUUCUGAAAGUAACUUAGAGAUGGUUGCAUGCUUUAUUUUUAAUGUAACAAAAUAUUUGAUGCAAUAUAAAAGGAAUUAUUAAAAUGUUUUCAAAAAAAUUUCUUUUCUGCUGUACAGCAGAAGUCUAUACAUAUAGAAAAUUACAGCGAAAAAUGAUUUACAUAAUUAUGAUACUCCAAAAAUUUUUAAAAACAAAAUGAUGUAAUAUUUUCGGUCCAUAAUGCCAACUUUUCCCUUCGCCGUUUUUUUUCGAAAAUUUUCAGAUAUCAUAUUUCAAAGAAAAUAUUCAUUUUGACCGAUCUUGAAUAUAUUUAAACGAUGUAACGACAUCUGUAAGUAUAGACAGAAUAAAGGACUAUUUUUUCCAAAACGGAUUGUAAAAUAGAUCUAAAAUGGAAUCAGAAGGGAUUUUUUUCGUGACGUCUGUACGUAUCUAUGCAUGUAUCUCGCAUAACUCAAAAACGAUUAGCCGUAGAACCUUGAAAUUUUGUAUAUAGGACUGCUAUAAUAUUUAGUCGUGUACACCCUUUUUCAGUUGCAAUCGGCCUAACCAAACACAUAUAAUUAUAAGUUAUAAAUAUAUAUAUACGAAUUCCCACCCUCUUAUCCAGCUAGGUGAGUUAAUUUUUUUUUAUUCUUAUAUGUUGGUAACUUGUGCAUUUUUGCUUUAAAAAUGAUUGGAUUAUUUUGUUCUUUUGUUCUGAUAAAGUUUUUCAUGUGUUCAGUUAAUCUGCAUGUAAUAGUUAUAGAAUUAUCAACAAUUUAAAAAUUUAAAUGAGGCUAGGCCUAACGAGGCUGCCAUUUGUUUACAUUUGAAACUUUUAGCAGAAUAAUGAAUUAAGUCAAGUUGGUGCACCAACUUGAAUGUCUUUUUGUUUAGUGGGGCCAAAAGUUAACUUCUAAUUUUGUACACCGAAAAAUUUGUCUUUCUGUCCGCUGGCCGAAUUGCUUAUUUUCCCCUAGAAACUCUAAUUUUAAUAGUAAAAAUUAUUUUUUAACUGUAUUUGGUGUUUUAGGUUUUUCUUUAUUUUAGACUUUUUAAUGAACAUGUUUUGAAUUUUUAUAUAUUUUUGCCUUGCCGCGACAACUAAAUUGAUGGAAUGAGAAAUAAAUCUGAUGAAACUCGAGGAAAUAAGUUUAACUGAAAUGCAGCAAAAAAUGUGUGCAAUUUUAUAUGUCGUACAAGGAAGUAAUGUGGGGUCCACAUUAGAUUCUUUUAAGACAAGAAUACCAGUAGUAGAGUAAAUAAGAUCGCUGAGCAUCCAUAGUUUCGUUCCAUUUUAGGUUGAUACACAGUGUUUCCUUUAAAAUAUUUUCUUCCCCUUCCGUGAAGACAUUUAUCCUAAGACCAUCGCAAACUACGACAUAGUCAAUUAACUUGUAACGUAUUUUAAGUUCUAUGAGUUAAAUGUUGCCAUUCUUUUCCUUUGAUUUACAACACAUAUAUUUGCUCAGAGUAGUAAGUUCUGCAAAUGUAAAGCCCACGCAAGAAGUUUAAAAUACUAGUCAUGUUCACUGCAAUGCAUGCCAUUGUGAGUUUUCUUGCUGUAGGUGACUGCAAUGCCGAUCUAACUAUGUAUAUUUGAAAAGGAUGUAAUGUUGAUCUGGAAUAUUGCAAGACAUCCGUGAGUUUUUGGCGUUAAGAAAACACCUUCCGCAGUUGGUUACAGAGCCAUAUGUCGCCAUAUGUCAUGUUUAAAGCCAUGUGUCGUGUUUAAUGAUUUCUAUAGUCUAUGUUACUUUACUGCUUACCGAAGUAUUUCAUGGUUUUUUUUUUCAUGCGUGAUGUAAAUAGCUGUAGCUUUCCUUAAAGAGCUUUUCACUAUAGCAUUCCUCAUAUUAAGCAGAUAGUCCUCUGUGCUUUAUCAAGUUCAUUUAAAACAAAUGAUAGAUUUAAAGACUUGCAUUCACUGUUAGUCAUUCUGCUAAAUUGAAUCAAAUGUAGAAAGUUGUAGUGACAUGCUUCAAUAUUUUGUGUUUGUGCAAAAAAUUAUUUUCGUUCUUUCCUUGCCUCUAUUCAUUGCAGACAAAAUUGUGUGUUCAGAAUUCGAAAACUAUGAAAAUUACUAUAAAAACAUUAUAUGACACCUGUAAAUAGUUGAAAAGCAGAUGUCGCACCAGAUUAAAAAUGAUUGUAGCAAUGUAAGAAAAAAUUUACCCUAUUAUCUCUGUUUUAAGUUCUGAAAUAAAUAAGUAAAUAAAUGUUGUGUAAUUUUUUUUUAAGAAAAUAAAAAAUAUAUGAAAAUGCU